AUGUGGUAUAUUGCGGGCAUUCCCAUCGUGGGGAGGAACUAUGGCCUCGUGGUGUCUGGAUUUCUCUUUACCAGUGUGGCCGUUUUAGCGGUAUUGCUACGAGUAUUUACUCGGGUGUUUCUUGUGAAAAAUGUUGGAAUAGAUGACUAUUUCAUCGCAGCUUCCAUGUUUGGCACGAUUGCUUUUCUUACUGCCGUCGUUCAUCAGAUUAAAUACGGUCUCGGCAACGCGGUCGACCCUUCCAUAAUUCAAGACUUCCUCAAGUCUCUCCUUGCCACCGUUGUCGCCUACAGCUUCACACAUCUUGCUGUCAAGUUUUCCAUCCUGUUCCAAUGCAAGCGAAUCUUUGUCGAAAAGAGUGCCCAAAGAAUCUUCUUGGGCUUGCUUAUUUGGAUGACUGCGUACGGGUUGUUUUGCUUUUGGUCAUCGAUAAUAACGUGCGUUCCUGUCGCCAAAUAUUGGGACGAUUCCAUUCCCGGCGGCUGUAUCGAUCGAUCGAAUUUGCAUUACGCGCUCGCAGGCUUCAAUAUCGUCAAUGAUAUUGCACUACUAGUUGCUCCUAUACCAUAUUUGAAAAAUUUACAAAUCCCAAGAAAAGCCAAGAUGGUGCUGAUUGCUGUAUUUGCUUGUGGUGGCUUUGCAUGCAUUGUAGCAAUUAUUCGACUUCAUUCGUUAUAUGUGAACAAUUCAGCGCCAAUAAACGAACAGCCCAUCAAAGGAGUAGAUAUCGCCCUCUGGUCCGGUCUGGAAAUUAACGUGGCUAUUAUAUGCGCUUGUGUUCCCGCUCUCAAACCACUCUUUGUCAAAUUCUUUCCUCGACUCAUUUCUUCUCUUGGUGGUGACUCUGCAAAGCGUUCUCGAACUGGUCGAUCAACUCAAGGUAGCCUUCCACUUCGAAGCUUCGACCAUCGCAAUCACUACGAACGAGAACGAAAGCAACCUGGAAUUGAGAUUCAAGUUCGUCAGUCGUUUGAGAUGAAGACCAUGGCGACUGAUGGGGAUAAUGAUAGUGAGAAAAAUCUUGUUACGGCACAUGAGGGUUGGAAGACUGAAUGCUACGCGGACGGCGCAAACACCAGGGUGCCUAGCACUGACAGACAUGAGGCUCCCACUGUGUAA